AUACGUUUCCUCACGAAGUUCUUUUCCUGCAGCAAGUUCUUUAAAAUACCACUUGUGUUGCAGGAAUUGGUGGAUACGGUUUCUGUAAGAUGUCGGAGAAAUUUACGGUUUCGUUCAUGGCAAUUCUGGCUAUUACUUGGCUCACCGUCAAAGUCACUCCGAGCAAAGUGUCACAGUUCCCUCCGGACCUGGCCGUCCUGCGUGGUGCGAAUGUUACCAUGUUCUGCAAAUUUCCACUAUUACAAGAUAUUGUUGACGUUCGUUGGUGGAGGGAAGGCGAGAAGUCAUUUUUAGAAAGGAACAACAGAAGACAAUUUACUGUAGAAAGAGGAAGGGGAACACUUGUACUCUGGAAUGUCAAAUUUCCCGACUCCGGAAUGUAUUACUGUGAAGCAAAGUAUCAGCAACAAUCUAUCGGGAAUGGAAGUGGCACCAAGCUCACUGUGUUUGCUCCUCCAACUCCAUUGGAAAUUGUUCCUAUUGGAGGGUUUUCGUCUCCUCGAAAGCUCCUUUGUAAAACGGCUGCCUUCUUCCCGGAGAAAUUAGAAGUCGUUUGGCGAAGAAAUAACGAAGAAAUUUGCACUGGAAUAGAAAGUGUGACAAACCGGAGCGUGGAUGGCAUGUACGAAGCUUGUAGUUUAAUGGAAAUCACGCAGUCUGCUUGGGGAAAGGAUGUUUACACCUGCCUGGUGUCGCAUGUCUCCCUCCCGGUGUCUGCAAGUUUCAGCUACAUCCUGGAGCAAGGCGCUGAUACCAGAUUGAUUCUCGCAUGUGCAGUGGGCGGAUCGGCAAUUUUAGUUCUGAUAAUAGUUUUGCUGAUACUCAAGUUAAAGAGAUCGCCCGACUGCUCAAGCCGCAGAAUCGAAACCGGACCUUGCAGGACAACAUGAGAAACUUUUUGUUGCGAGGAAGUGGGUUCGAAGUCACAUUUUAACUUUCAGCCACUGUCUGUAACCUAAGCGUCGAGCAUAAAAAUAAACGAGUCAGCAAAUCGAUGUUCCGAGCUACAUGCAAACU